AAACUUUUCAAGCGAUACCAAUCCUAACGUUACACUAUUUCUGAUAUAAUUACAACAAGGCCAUGUAAUUCCCGGUCCAAUGCACCGAAAAAUAAAAAUAGCUGCUGAGUAAUUGGAGGUGUGAUUAGACAUGCGCUGGACGCAAUAAACGACUUGGCUAAUGUCGAUGAAGACUGGGGCUUUCAGCCUGUCCUGGAGCAGAAAUCGAGUUCCAUCCUUGAGUGGUAUCAUAUCGCCGUUGCUGGCUUCUAGUUUCGUGGUUGUGACAAUUCUCUGGACCCAAAAUAGAAGGAAACACACAAGAAUAGCCCUCUUUUUGUGUGAUAGUUCCCAUAGCGAACUAUGUCCCCAUCAUUACCAGAGGUAUCUCAUGCGCAAAUCGGGCGGUACGCUUUCUCGGCCAACUAUUGCACAAAGACGUAGCAUCAGAUGUGAGUAUUUCUUGUGGACUGAACUUGGAUUCCUUCCGGCUGCGAGAGCUCACUGCUGCGACUUUCAGGUCAGUUCGAAUAGUACUUUCCACAGUGGAGAUGGUGUCUACUUGGUCAUCGAUUUGCACGGCUGCCAUCAUUGGCUGAAAGUCACAUUGCUCGGUGAUCAAGGGUGGGCGAGAAGAGUAAGAAGAACUUGAUCAUCCUCUUCACAACAAGAAUU